AUGUAUUCAACACCAUCCACCCAUCCCCGGGCUCAACCUCCUUACACUCUCUGCACCGACACACAGGAAGAACUGCACAAUAAACGUACCCAGCAAGUUCCGCAAUUAUUGGAGAAGAGAAUAGAAAAUCAAAAACUGCACGAAUUGCUCGAUCGUUUACAGCGCUGUCUGGACACUUUGCGAAUGAGACAGCAAGGUCGGUGNACCGGAAAAAAUGCGGAAGCAUGCCUUCUGGAUGCAUUGAGGUCGUCACCUUCCGAAGACAUAUGUCCGCUCACUGUGCGAACAACCAUCCAAUCUGCACCGCCGAACGACAUGGCUCAGAAUGAGGAGAAAUAUGAUGACGGUGACGAAAAAGAGGAUUCGCCGACCGGAUUCGGCAAUGUGGAGAAACAAUUCGCUCAAAUGUUGUCGCUCAGGUCCACGGAUCAGGCAUUAAGUUUGCUGGAUACUCAUUUUCACGACACGCAGUUCUUGUUGCGUAUUUAUGACAAAAUUAAAACCGCUAACGAAACGGGCUCCGCCAGACUGCGACUUCUCGAUGUGGCCAGUUACAUUUUUGAUCGGUCCGCUGACCUGCUCAUUCAGCAUCUUCGUCGAACGAAUCGGAAAAGCAUCAUCACACCGGAACAACGUCGACACGAUCGACGCCAGUUGACACAUGUUCAACUGGAAGCUAUCCGUACCGCAGUCCUCUUGUCCAAGCCCUUUACUGCACUGGAAAUGGUGACCAAAUGGGGACUGUUAUCGAAUGACGAGAGCAAAAUGUGUUUUGGUGUCAAUCGAAAUCAUCUUAUCAAUAUGCUAUUACGCAACGGGUCUAAAACCGCUGCCCAUGUGAUGGCAGUGCUUUUGGAAAAGCAGCACGUGGAUUGGGCUACCUUCGGUGCAGCAAUCGAUAAGGCACUACGAAUACAGACCGCCAAUACGAACGACUCGUUCACUUAUCAUGGAUGCGCGUGGAUUAGCACAUUUUUGGCCGAUGUGCUCACUUCCACGGUGCGACAGAUACAUUUGAAAGUAACGCACAUUUGUGAGAUACCAGAUCAGCAACAUAUCAUGAAAAUAGUCGCCUGGGGAAUUUCUAAUUAA